AUGUCGUGGCGUCGUUCGUUUCUCUCGUACAAAGAAAAGUACGAAGACACGUACUCUCCCCCUCCUUUUGACGACGUAAACGAGGAGGAAAAGGAGAAGGAGACGAAGAAAAGCGGGGGCAUCCACGCGCGGAUUUCCCAGUGUUCGAGCUCGAGUGAACUCAAGAAACGGUUGAAGAUGAAAGAAGAAGAAGGAGUAGGGGAAGAGGAAGAGGAAGAGAAGACGCGAAGAAAGGACGAUCGAGAUCCAGUUCCAGAGACUGGGUUUACCAUAUGGGACGCCUCGUUACUUCUCGCCGCGUAUUUGAAGCGAGAGGAGAAGAUGGAGCAGUUUUUGGGUGCUUCUGCUGCUUCAGCUGCUGCUGGUAAAACAACGCGCGUGGUAGAACUCGGCGCGGGGACCGGGGCGGGGACGCUACUUCUCGUCGAAAGCGUGGUCGAGAAGAUGAGAGAGAGAAACGGUGACGUUCGGUUUGUGGUGACAGAUUUAGAUGUCGUUUUACAUCUUUUGAGGCAUAACGUGCGCGAGAGUGGCGCUUCGGAGUUCGUUUCCGUGCAGCGUUUGGAGUGGGGCGAAACGAGAAGAAAGGAGGAUGUUGAGAGCGUGAAGACGCUUCUGUCGCCUUCGCGAAUAGAUCUGGUCAUUGGCGCGGAUUUGUGCUACACGUCGAACGAGGAAGUCAUCAAAAAUUUAGCAGAUACGGUGAAAUUGUGCGGAAGUCGCGCGUGCGUGAUGGCGUUUUGCAGAGAGCACAACCCGAGCGCGGUGGAUUUGUUCGAGAGUUUGUGCGAGGAUACGUUUCGCAUAAAAAAGGUAACGAACACUGAUCCUUUGUGGCCGGAACACGUGCGCGAGGAUUCGGACGAUUUUGUCAUUUUCGAAAUGACGAGGUGCGUCGCUUUGGAUGAAUGA